UGGGAGUUAUGAGCCCCCUUGAACCCCGGCUUUCGUGUAAACCUGUCGUUGUGCGGGGCGAGCUGGCCGCCGGGGGUCGGGGGAGGUUGUACCGGAGUCCAGGGGUCCGCCGGGCCGCCGCUGCCUCCCCUGGGUGUUCCGGUGCGCCGUCUGCUGCCCGGCUCCGGCGGGCGGCGGGAGCGCGGGCAGGAGGAGAGCGCGUUUCGUGUGGAAAAAUGAGGCGGGUUUUUGCGUGUGGAGGGGAGAGGCUGCCGGGGCUGAGACGGCCACGCAUCACGCUUCGUUUUCCACGCCAUCAACUUUUGCCAAGGGGAGGCUAAAAUAAGGCUGAUUUCAGGGUGAAGCGGGGUUCUGGCGGUCGCUGAGGAGUACUGAGGUAUAUCUGAACCUUCUUUUAUUGCUAAAAGUGAAGAUCGUUUGUUUAAACAUUUAUUUGAAGACUAUCAAAGAUGGGUUCGUCCAGUGGAACGCUUGAAUGACACUAUAAAAAUAAAGUUUGGCCUUGCGAUCUCUCAGCUAGUAGAUGUGGAUGAGAAAAAUCAAUUGAUGACAACAAAUGUCUGGUUGAAACAGGAAUGGAUAGAUGUAAAAUUAAGGUGGAAUCCUGAAGACUACGCUGGAAUAACAUCUAUUCGUGUCCCUUCAGAUUCUAUUUGGAUUCCAGACAUCGUGUUGUAUGACAAUGCAGAUGGACGUUUUGAGGGAACAUCUACAAAAACUGUAGUUAAAUAUGAUGGCACCAUUGCUUGGACUCCACCAGCAAACUACAAAAGUUCUUGUACUAUUGAUGUAACCUUCUUCCCCUUUGACCUCCAAAAUUGCUCUAUGAAAUUUGGUUCCUGGACUUAUGAUGGCUCACAGGUUGAUAUAAUUCUUGAAGAUUAUGAUGUUGACAAAAGAGACUUUUUUGAUAAUGGAGAGUGGGAAAUAGUGGCUGCAACAGGGAGCAAAGGAAAUAGGACUGAUGGAUGCUGCUGGUAUCCUUUUGUUACAUAUUCAUUUAUAAUUAGACGUUUGCCACUUUUUUACACAUUGUUUCUCAUUAUUCCUUGUAUUGGGCUUUCGUUUCUAACUGUCCUUGUCUUCUAUCUUCCUUCAAAUGAAGGUGAAAAAAUUUCACUUUGCACUUCAGUACUGGUAUCUUUGACUGUUUUUCUUCUUGUUAUUGAAGAGAUUAUUCCAUCAUCUUCUAAAGUUAUCCCACUUAUAGGAGAGUACUUGGUGUUUACUAUGAUAUUUGUGACAUUGUCCAUUGUGAUAACUGUCUUUGCUAUCAAUAUUCAUCAUCGCUCUUCAUCUACACACAAUGCUAUGGCACCUUGGGUUCGCAAGAUAUUUCUUCACAAACUUCCCAAGCUACUUUGCAUGAGAAGUCAUGUAGAUAGAUACUUUGCUCAGAAGGAGGAAACAGGAAAUAUGAAUGGAUCCGAAUCAUCCAGGAAUACCUUGGAAGCAGCUCUAGAUUCUAUCCGAUAUAUUACAAGACAUGUUAUGAAGGAGAAUGAAGUUCGUGAGGUUGUUGAAGACUGGAAAUUUAUUGCUCAGGUGCUUGAUCGAAUGUUCUUAUGGACUUUUCUUCUCGUUUCAAUAAUUGGAUCACUUGUGUUAUUUAUUCCUGUUAUUCAUAAAUGGGCAAGUAUAAUAGUACCUAUGCAUAUAGGCAGUACAAAUGCAUAAAGUAUUUUUGGAUCUGUCUCCUGCUAAUAUGUCUCUAUAAAAAGUUUUGCAGUAGCUCUAUUUCCAUGCAUGUUCUUUUUAGGCAUGUUUCUGAUAGAGUAAAAAAAAAAAUCCAAACCUGGAAAAUUAUGUUUAUGUUAAAGCAUGGCAUCCCUAGGACACUUAGAAGUCAAUUUGCUUAUUGCCAGUCUACUAAGUUACUUCUAAAUCGGGUCAGAAUUGAAAGGACCUUGUCAAGCACUUGCAUAUAUGAUAUGUUAAAAAAGCAUACACUGACACCUACUGUGAAAUAGAAGGAUUUAAAAUUUUUUAGUGAUGAUCACUGUAGUCCAAUUAUUAAAUUACUAUAUAAAUUGUUAUAUUGAGUAUUAAAUAUUUGCAGAUAUUUACACAGUAGAGUUGCUUGUUUUAAUUUACUAUAGUAUGCAAAGGAGGAUUUUUAUCAGCUCUCUUGAAUGUGUUGCAAAAGUAUAAAGUUUCUACAGAGUAAAUUUAACAUAAUAAUAAAAAUACCAGUUAAACUUCCCAUAUAUUCAACAUAUAAGUAACAAUAGUGAUUUGGCUAUGUUUUGCCUUUAUAAAUUUUCAGUGGAAUUUGCUGCUAAAUUUAAAACCUCGUUAAUUCUAUCAUACUAACAUGAACAUUUAAUACAGUAAGCCUUAAAAUGCCUACAGGAUACUUAUAUAUCGGUAUCUCUGUAUCAGCUAUAGAAAGGAAGGCAAAGGCAAUUAAAUGAGUUCCCAAGUUUCUAAUGGACCAGAACAUUCAGAUUUCUUUAUUCUUGAUGAAGAAUUUGAUACAGUAUGUUAGUUGCAAACAUGUCAAUCAUUUCCUGCUUUUGUGUGUUUCUCAGUAUUAAGUUUUUAAGCACAGGUAGAACGAGUUUGGGCAAUGCCCUUCUGAAGGAAAUGGGUUGAAAAUUAUUAUGCUGUAUAACCAAAUACAGAUGAUUAAGUUUUCACACGUUUGUUAAACCUAACUUAGAAAUCUACCUUUAAUAGGUUCUCUCACUUAUAGAACCAUAUGUAACACUAAGCAGCAACCACUUGCAGCUUUCCAUAUGUUCUUUUUCCUGAGAGUGUUGAAAACUAACUUGCAACUUUUUAAUUAUUCCAUUAUAAUAUAUUCUCUAAAUACUGAUUUUUAAAUUCUUUACAUUCAUUCCAUUGCCACCUUUCUUAAAAGCUUUAUUUCUGGAAGAGACUCUAAAAUAGAUGGGGGUUUUCCUACAUCAAAGUUUUAUCAGUGUACUUCAUAAUAUAGUUGCAUCCUGCAGGGCUAAUACAGUAAUGCUAAGCUAGAGCAAGUCUUGGGAAGCGUUUAUUUGCUGAAAUUACUACAUUAAUAAUAACAUGUUUAGGUGCAAAGUUUUAUGUAAAUUGUGGUAUCUUUGAUAAUGCAAGCUUUUAUGGUGGUUAUGAAUUUGGAAAAUGGAUACAUAUUGCACAACACCCCCCCACCCCCCCCGCCCCGGGAUCUCCUUCAGAAUAGCACUGUUUGGCACUGUACUGGUUAUAAUACUGAUUGCUUAUGUCAUACUUAUAUAUAAUUGAAUAUUUAUUUCAAAUUGUUUUCACCUGUAGGACAUUUUUGGUUUUGUGUAGCUUUUUAAGGUUCACAGGCAGGGAAAUGAUGCCAGGCAACCCUUUCUUUUUUUUUUUUUUUUUUUUUAAAUACCAAUUUAUAAAUAAUUCUGAUUGUAAAGGGGGUCACUCUUCCUCUUCAGUUAUACAAUUACAUCUGGCAUUGGAUAUCCAUAUUUCCUCUAUUUCUGUCAUAAUUAAUUUUAAUGGUGAAUUUGCAAAGAUUAUCUGAUUUAAUCCAUUAAUAUAAUAAUUUAAACUUUCUUAGUAUUACUAAGAUUAAACGAUGCAUCAGUGACUUUGUGUGGAAGUUGCAUAAAUACUUUAGAUAUCUUAUUUUCUCUUCAAAUGCAAAAUUUCUUUCUGUAGUCCUCCUUGGGUUUGAAUUACUGAAGUUUACUCUUACCUGAACAGAAAAGCAAAGUAAAACUAUAGAUUAGCCACAUAUAUUAUUUUUUUAACUUGCCACCUUGUCUCUUUCCCCUUGUUAAAUGAUGUGUCUAGACUGCCCAAUUAUAUCAUAAGGUGAUUGGCAGCAUAUUGGUCAACGGAGUCCCAGUCUUUAUACUAGUAACUCACAAUUUUUGCGAAGGCAUGAAUUUCUUUUAGUCACUUCUACAAUCUGAUCAUGAUAAAUACAGAUAAGAUAGCUGACACUAGAAUCCUUGGGGUCUUCAGCUUACAGGUGUGUCUGAAACAAAAUAAUUUUAAUAGACUCAGAAGCAUGGACCUUUACUUAUGUAACUUGUUUUUGAAUGUGUUGAACUGUAGCUAAUGCUACCUUAUAUAGGUUUUUGUCACUCGGUCAAAAUAAAUGAGGAAGAAAAAAAAAAAAAGCACAACUUUCAACAGCUUGAUUCUCU